AUGUGUAAACUUGAAGUUAUCGUUUUAAUCGCUCAUAAAUCAGGAUCACCAAUUGUUGCUACAAUAUAUGGAUUAUCUACUCCUGCUUUCGCUUCGUAUGGCGCUGCUAAGAUUUUCAGUACCCCACCUGAUUUUAAAUUUGUUGAAAAUGAAGUUGAUGGAAUAAGAUGUAUCGUUGAAUAUAUAACUGAUCCAGUAAACGGUUUGAACGCUGCUGUUCAUAAAAAAGCUACUGUCGCAAAACCAGUUGCAAAAAAAGCUUUUUGA